AUGUUCAAAGGCACAGAAUGUUCAAAGGCGAUGAAUGUUCAAAGGCACAGAAUGUUCAAAGGCACAGAAUGUUCAAAGGCACAGAAUGUUCAAAGGCACAGAAUGUUCAAAGGCGAUGAAUGUUCAAAGGCACAGAAUGUUCAAAGGCACAGAAUGUUCAAAGGCACAGAAUGUUCAAAGGCACAGAAUGUUCAAAGGCACAGAAUGUUCAAAGGCACAGAAUGUUCAAAGGCACAGAAUGUUCAAAGGCACAGAAUGUUCAAAGGCACAGAAUGUUCAAAGGCACAGAAUGUUCAAAGGCACAGAAUGUUCAAAGGCACAGAAUGUUCAAAGGCACAGAAUGUUCAAAGGCACAGAAUGUUCAAAGGCACAGAAUGUUCAAAGGCGAUGAAUGUUCAAAGGCGCAGAAUGUUCAAAGGCGAUGAAUGUUCAAAGGCACAGAAUGUUCAAAGGCACAGAAUGUUCAAAGGCGAUGAAUGUUCAAAGGCACAGAAUGUUCAAAGGCACAGAAUGUUCAAAGGCACAGAAUGUUCAAAGGCACAGAAUGCGAUGAAUGUUCAAAGGCGCAGAAUGUUCAAAGGCGAUGAAUGUUCAAAGGCACAGAAUGUUCAAAGGCACAGAAUGUUCAAAGGCACAGAAUGUUCAAAGGCACAGAAUGUUCAAAGGCACAGAAUGUUCAAAGGCACAGAAUGUUCAAAGGCACAGAAUGUUCAAAGGCACAGAAUGUUCAAAGGCACAGAAUGUUCAAAGGCACAGAAUGUUCAAAGGCACAGAAUGUUCAAAGGCACAGAAUGUUCAAAGGCACAGAAUGUUCAAAGGCACAGAAUGUUCAAAGGCGAUGAAUGUUCAAAGGCACAGAAUGUUCAAAGGCGAUGA